AUGUCCGAAGAAAAGGAGUUAAUAAAAAAGCGAGGCAGUUUUAAAGGCCGUUUAACUGCAUUUAUUAAUUAUUUGCAUACACUAACUGAUGAACCGUUAAGUCUCUCGGAUGCCAGAGAAUUACAAUUACGUAUGGGUAAAAUUGAGUCGUUGUAUGAACAGUAUGAUCAGGUACAGUUGCGCCUUGAAUGUAUAGUUGAUAAUAGUGAAGAGCAAUUUAAAGAGCGCUCCGAAUUUGAAUCACAAUAUUUCAAGGCAAUCGCGAAAGCCCAAGGUUUACAAAAUGUUAAUGUUGAGACUAUGAGCAAUAUGGGCAGUGAUGGAGGUACUCGAGCGAGCAAUAAUCAUAGGCUGGUGCGUCUUCCGACCAUCCAGCUACCGCGAUUCAGUGGUUCAUACGAUGAUUAUUUGGAAUUUAGAGACACCUUUACUAGCCUUAUACACAACAAUGAUGAAAUAGACGAAGUGAAUAAAUUUCACUAUUUGCGUGCAUCGUUAGAGGGUUCUGCUGCCGUGGUAAUUCAAUCAGUUGAGUUUUCAUCUAGUAAUUAUGCUGUUGCGUGGAAACUUUUGUGCGAUAGGUUUGACAACAAACGUCUGUUGAUACAAAAUCAUGUGUCUUCUUUGUUCAAUGUGGAAGCAAUAACAAAGGAGUCAUCAGCAAAUUUAAAGCGGUUAAUUGAUCAGGUAAAUAAAAACUUGCGGGCACUUGAAUCAUUAGGUGAACCUGUCAAACAUUGGGAUACCCUUUUAAUCCAUAUUAUUACCCAUAAAUUAGAUAGUAAAACUUAUAGAGAGUGGGAGGAAUUUAAGGGGCAUUCACAUAAAGAUACUUCAAUUACCUUUGACACCUUUCUAGAAUUUAUCCGAAAUCGUGCAGAUUUGAUUGAAACAUUAGAGCUUUCACGUGUUAAUCAGGGCAAUUUAAAUCAUAAAUCGACUAUGAAAUUAAAAUCUAUGGUUUCAGUUCAUGGCAGUCAUCCACAUCAGAAUUCCAAUACAGCAGAAUCACAUAAUCGAAUCUGCCCUAAGUGUAAGGGUGACCAUAGUCUAACCGGUUGCCCCCAGUUUCUUGCGUUGAGCGUUGAAGCGCGCCUAAAGGUACUACCCAGUUUUAAGGUAUGUUUCAAUUGUUUUCGUGUAGGUCAUUUUGCUAAUCUAUGCAAAAGGCCAGGUUGCAAAAUAUGCAAGCGUCGACACAACACUCUGAUUCAUGCAGCCAAUGAUCAUCAUAUUCGUAAUGAAAAUAGAGUCGUAUCUGAAACUACACCUUUAGCGUCGUCUUCAACGACUGCUGCUUCUGACAAUGUAACUUUAGCAGCAAAUAUGUCUAGUUAUAAUAAAAUUCAAUGA